AUGUUCCUGGUAGAGUUCGCCAAACCACUUGUGGCACAUGGGAAGUGUCCAGUAUCUGUGCAAAAAACAACGCAGGAUGAUAUUCUGGAAUACGUGGACGGUAUGAAGCACUCCUUACUCCCUGGAGACAAAGUGCUGGCCCCCUGGGAACCAGACAUGGUGAGGUACGGCCCAGGGACUGUCCUCAUGGGCGUUGAGACACGGGAUCCCUUACGAGGAGGCGCUGCAGAGGGAGGGGGGAUAGCUGGUUCCUCUGCUGACGGGAGUAGAAAGUAUGUGUGCGCCACAGGCAGACCAGCUGCUUACGGCCGCGUACCUUUUCUUUCAACAGCCUCAGAAGAUGAAGAGAUUACGGUCCGGUUCUGGAACGGCAAGAAACGGAAACUCCCACUAGGUGUGGCACUGUGGAUCCCUCCCAGCCGGUGGGAGAGGACUGUAGAGAUGAUCCACAUGCCCUUCACCAGCAGACUGAAGCCCAGAGAAAAUCCUGACGCUAACUCUUGUAUUUUUUCCUGCAGUCCUGUAACAGUCCCCAUUCCUCUUUGUACUGUAGAUAGCCUCACUAAGCGUGGCUUGCUCUGCUGGCCACAUUUUCACUGUCACUGUGGUGGUGGUAUAUGCUGCUCAUCAGUACCCACAAGAUGCAUCUGCUGCUGCCAUCCCCAUGCUGAUGCCUGGUGGCCUCUUCCUUCCCGGUCUUUGGUCCUUCCGAGAGAGAAGGAAGAGGCAGAGCCCAGCAGGAAACCCUCUUCAUGCCUUCUAGGCCUGGAAGGUCCCAAACAAGAAGAAGCAGCAGCAGCUGCUGCAUCUUCCCUCUCUUCUGAUCUGGAGCGUGACCUGGAGCCGUUCCCCACUAAGAGCACUAUGAUGGACAGUGCUGUUAACACCGACUCCAGUCUUCUUGAGAAGCCCAGGCUAAAGGAGUCUGCAAGACCAAAGUGGAAAUACUGGAAAAGGAGCCACCACAAGUCCCAUCCCAGUAAUUCAGGAAUCAGCACUCACAGCAGCUCAUACGCAAAGGGCGAGCUGGAAUGCAAAGGCAUCGCUGCUGCGGACAGGUCCGGUGCUACCCCAGCUAAUCAGAGUGCAAUGUUUGAAAUCAUUGAGCAGCCUCCCACAGGGCAACUCACAAUGAAAGAAAUCUUAACCUACCAGGAUUUCAAACCACCAUCGAAGGUAAGGUAA